AUGACCACCACCGCAAUUCCAAUCACAUCAGGCCAAGCCCCAACUGAGUCUGCAAUUCCUAAGGCGGUUCCAAGUCACAGUGAUUCUCAGACAUCGGCAGACAAGGACAAAUCACAAGACCAACGAAGCAUAGCAGUAACAGUGCAGCCUUCUCAAGCAAAGUACCGCCUCCAUGCUGAGGAUUUUCGUCAUUCAGGAUCAGCCGCCUUCAUUUCAUACAUUCCUGAUGUAGGCGCUACCCUCGACGCGGCGCUUGACAACAUUAUCAAGUACCUUUAUACUUCUCCAGCCCGCACUUCUGCAGCAUAUUCUCCUACGAAAGUCACAGGAUAUACCCGGGGGCAUCAGCCUGAAUUUGUCCCAUCAAUCCCGCCUACACGCGCGGUGACUGUGUUUCUGCGAGACUUCAGCGGCGUUGCCUAUACGACAGGCACAGAGCUCGAUAAUGAUCACAAAGAGAUCCACAUCUCGUUGUCCUAUAUCAGCCAUUGCAAAAACUCGGCGGCCAAAAACGAUCCAGCGCAUGAGCUAGCCGGCGUGAUCACCCACGAGCUUGUUCAUUGCUAUCAGCAUACCUCGCCUCCGGAUCCUGUGAAAGAUGGGAAGCCUAUCCCAGGCCCGCCGGGCGGUUUGAUUGAAGGGAUCGCUGAUUUUGUUCGACUCAAAGCUGGCCUGUCUCCGCCUCAUUGGACGCGGCCCACCCGUGCAUCCGAGCGAGAGAAGAAAUGGGACGCUGGGUAUCAGCAUACCGCUUUCUUUCUUGCAUGGAUAGAAGAUGUAUUGGUAGGCCAAGGUGCGAUCGGCAUGCUCAAUGACCGAUUGCUUCGAUGCGGUUAUGUUGGCGAGGAAGAUGGCCAAGAGGGUAGCCACCAAGACAGUUUCUGGAAGGGUCUCUUUGGCAUGGGUGUAGCUGACCUGUGGGCAAAGUAUGGAGAGUGGCUUGAUAACGACCCAAAGACAAGAUGA